UCAACCCAUUAAAUGAUUCCUUUCUCUCUCCCUGCCAGUGAUGGCUCCCUCUAUCAAUCUCUUCACCUUCCUCGUCCUGUCCCUGGUGGGGGGCAGCUCUUCAUGGGACGAAGCUUCGCCUUGCGGAUCCGGCUCCAUCCUGACAAGGCCCUACACGGCCUUGUGUGAGCUGGAUGCGGUGUGGGGCUUGGUGGUGGUGGUGGCGGCAGCGGCGGCGGCCCUCGCCUCGCUGAUCCUGCUCCUGGUGGUACUGUGUCGCCUGCGGAAGAUCACAGAGGCUGAGGAGCGCAGCGGGGUGGCGCCGCUACUCCUGCUGCUCGCUGCCAUAUUUGGGCUCUGUGGCCUCAGCCUGGGAUACAUCGCUGAGCACCAAGAGAGCCUCUGCUUCGCCCGGCGUGUCCUGAGGGGGGUGUUGCUUGCUGUCUGCAACACCUGCCUAGUGUUCCAGGGUCUGCGACUGCGCCGGUUGGGACAAGGUGCUCAUAGCCCCAGCACAGGUCAACUGAUGGGGCUGGCGGUGGCCUUGGCCGUGUUGGAUCCGGAGUGGAUCCUUCUAGCCACGAUGUCCACGUGCCAGCCAGCCUGUGAAUACCAGCCGCUGGACUUUGCGCUGGCCACCACGUAUGUGCUGGUCCUGCUCCUGGCAGCACUGGUGGGGGCGGCCUGCAGUCUGUGGAGGCAGCAGCCACGGUGGAGGUGCAGGACCACGUGGCUGCUCAUAACCUGCCUGGCCUCAGUCCUGCUGUGGGUGGCCUGGAUCACCUUCUGCCUGUAUGGCAACGCGGCGCUUGGCCUGUCCCCAACAUGGGACAACCGGGUACAGGCAGUGGUGCUGCUGGCACAGGCAUGGCUGCUCAUACUGCUGCACGCUGCUCCUGAGCUCCACGCCACCUUACGGCCCCCGUCCCGCAUGAGAGAGGCCAGUUUAGAGGAGGGCCUUUCUCACGUGUAGUUUGGAGCAAAC